AUGGAGGAAGAUAUAAUUCAAGAAGAUAAUGAGCUUAAUAAUAUUCUACACGGGAUAAGUAAUGUUGAGGAGUCGGAGAUUUGUUUAAUGGAGAAGAAUACUACACAACGGGAGGAAGAAAUGCUUGAGGACUCUAGUUCUAGAGUUAGUCGUAAUAAGAGACCGCGGGAGGAGGAUGAGGAAGAAGAGUGGAUAGCGGUAGGAAGAAAUGGAAAGAGAGUGGGACAGAAGGUUGAUGUGUACAUUAAUAAUUCCGAAAAGCUACCGAAGCAAUUCGCGCUUGCUAAAUUAUUAAGGUCAAAUAACAUUAGUAGUGUUAGCCGGGUAAAAUAUAUAAACCCCUAUAAAGUGUUCAUACAGUUUGAAAAUGCAGAAAGUGCUGAGGAGUUGAUCAAUUGUAAACCUUUGCAAGAUUUAGGUUGGAGAUGCCAAAAACCACUCGAAGUUGUUAUAUCUUACGGCGUUAUUUAA